GGGCUGCUGGCUGCGGCGGGAUGGGCGCGCUCCGGGCCGCCGCCCUCGCCUUCCUCCUCCUCCUCCUCCUCGGCUGCCUCCUGCCCCGGCGCGGCCCGCUCAGGCUGGCGGCGGGGCGCAAGGAGACGGAGGCGGCCUCGCCGCGCGCGCCCCAGCCCCUGUCGCCCUCUGAUUUCCUCGACAAGCUCAUGGGCCGCACGUCAGGCUACGACGCCCGCAUUCGGCCCAACUUCAAAGGCCCGCCCGUCAACGUGACCUGCAACAUCUUCAUCAACAGCUUCGGCUCCGUCACCGAGACGACCAUGGACUACCGCGUGAACGUCUUCCUGCGGCAGCAGUGGAACGACCCGCGCCUGGCUUACCGCCACUACCCGGACGACUCCCUCGACCUGGACCCCUCCAUGCUCGACUCCAUCUGGAAGCCCGACCUGUUCUUCGCCAACGAGAAGGGCGCCAGCUUCCACGGCGUCACCACCGACAACAAGCUGCUGCGCGUCUUCAAGAACGGCAACGUGCUCUACAGCAUCAGGCUGACGCUGAUCCUCUCCUGCCCCAUGGAUCUCAAGAACUUCCCCAUGGACAUCCAGACGUGCGCCAUGCAGCUGGAGAGCUUCGGCUACACCAUGAACGACCUCAUCUUCGAGUGGCUGGAGGAGCAGGAGGCCGUGCAGGUGGCCGAGGGCUUGACGCUGCCGCAGUUCGUCCUGCGGCACGAGAAGGACCUGGGCCACUGCACCAAGCACUACAACACAGGCAGGUUCACGUGCAUCGAGGUGAGGUUCCACCUGGAGCGGCAGAUGGGCUACUACCUCAUCCAGAUGUACAUCCCCAGCCUGCUCAUCGUCAUCCUCUCCUGGGUCUCCUUCUGGAUCAACAUGGAGGCGGCGCCGGCCCGCGUGGGGCUGGGCAUCACCACCGUGCUCACCAUGACCACGCAGAGCGCCGGCUCCCGCGCCUCGCUGCCCAAGGUGUCCUACGUGAAGGCCAUCGACAUCUGGAUGGCCGUGUGCCUGCUCUUCGUCUUCGCCGCGCUGCUGGAGUACGCCGCCGUCAACUUCGUCUCCCGGCAGCACAAGGAGUUCGCGCGCCUGCGGCGGCGGCGGCGGCGGAUGGAGGAAGAGCUGGUCCGCGAGAGCCGAUUCUACUUCCGAGGCUACGGGCUGGGCCGGUGCCUGCGGGCGCCCGGCGAGACCCCCAGCCUCCGCGGCCCCCCCCCGCUGCCACCGGCACCCGGCGCGGACACCCUGCGCCAGCGCUGCUCCGACCGCGCCAGGCGCAUCGACACCGUCUCCCGGGCCGUCUUCCCCUUCACCUUCCUCGUCUUCAACGUCUUCUACUGGGUCGUCUACAAAGUGCUGCGCUCGGAGGACAUCCGCCCGGCACCCUGAGCGCCGCGCCGUGCCCGGACGCGGCCGCCUUCGCUCCGGCCUCGGUGCCUGCUGCGGGAUGGGGCCUGGCACGGGCGGAGGAACCCCCCCCCGGGCCUUUUGGAGCCCUGUUGCCUGCCCCCCCCACCAGCCCGCCCCGGACGGGAGCAUCCUGCAUCUUGGCUUACGACCCCGGCGAGGCUCCCAGCCCCGGGGCCCCUCCACGCUUUGCGGGAAAUAAAAGCAGUAGGCAACGUUUACGUAGGUCCUACAGAGAGAAACGUGUUGA